UUCAAUGAUGAUUUAAGAUCAUGAAGUUGACUUAGCGUAUAAAUCAUUAUCCCAUUCGAUCAUUCUUUCCUUCGUUUUAUUGGCCGUAUUGGCCGUAUUGGCUCUAGCCACUCCAGUUCUGCCACAUGGAUAUUGCAUCGAGCAGCUAUAUCUAUUACUAUUACAUGUCACCAACGAUCAACUGCCAUUCCUAGUUUACCCGCAACCUCAACCAUGUUUCCACAACGUCGGCCAUUGGCUUCUACAAGUCGCGCUGCGGAAUCAUCACAGCAUCGCAGCGAUAGGCGCACGCAUCAUUCAAAACGUCACGAUUCCUCUCAGGAGAAAAGGAGGGUAGAACUUGUCGACCUUGACGAUAUCUUUACUGAGCGGAAUCCUGUAAAAAUUUCUUUCAAGACCCCGCAGCUGCACGACGUAGGUGCCUCACUGAAGAAGCGAUUCCCAGAGGGGGCCCAAGAAAUUCCAGAGGAUGCCGAGGUGCAAUUCUUUUCCGAUAACAAACGCUUGGAGGGAGGCGAUAUCCCUGAAGAUUCGCGCCUAUUAUUUUAUAGGGUGCUACGGGAAGGCGAUGAUGGCUCGUUCCGAGUUGUGUGGAGAGGGACCAAUGUGAAGCUGCGUAGGCCGGAGAGAGAAGCAAUAGCUCGUGAAGCUACUAUGGGAAAGUCCGUAGGUAGUCUUCGAGAGAUUGUAGCAAACCUCCUACGAGAUACCAAUAAGUCCAAGGAGGGUCUAGUACAAAAUGCCAACCAAAUCGCGAUCGAAACAGAAGGCGGCCUGGAACAGAGGCUGCUGGAAGGAAAUAGUUGGGAAGUACGCAAGGCGAUGACAUGGCUCUGUCGUUAUCUGAUUAUCAGUAUGAAACCAGUCGACAGUUAUUUCGUUCUGCAAGGGUUCAACGAGCAGUACAUCUGCCAUAAGCCAUGCCUGAAUCGCCGUGGUUAUGCAGACACUCUAAAACUCAAGAACUGGCUUAAGAACGAGGUAUUGUCGACGGUCUACUCCGAUAAUAAAGUUCGCCGGCGCCACAUCAACUUCGAAGAUAUCAGACUGACCUAUAACGGUAAACCGGUCACGAGAACUAACCACAUUCGUCCCGGGGCGACUAUCGACUUUGAAGUUCCCCGUUCUAUAGAGGAUAAAUUCGUUCGCGCGGAGAGUUGGCUAGUUCCUACGUCGGAGACAUGCAUCGUAUGCGGCGACGAGAAGAGGGUUUCCGAGAUGCCGAAUAGGAAACGGAUUACGGCGGCUUGUGAGCAUGAUGCUACUACUUGUAAGGCUUGCGUUGGCCUCUGGAUAGCCUCGAGUUUGGAAAGAAUUACGUGGGACCGUUUGAAAUGCCCGGAAUGUCCUCAACUACUCAAGUUCGAGAACGUCCGAGCUUUUGCUUCCCGAGAAAUCUUCGAGAAAUAUGAUAUGCUAGCUACGAAGGCCUUGCUUACAAAAAUCCCGGAAUUUAUGUGGUGUUUGAACCCUGGAUGCGAGUCAGGCCAGAUACAUCCGGCGGGUUGUUCAAAAGCGAAGUGUCACGGAUGCAGAGGCUACGUUUGCAUCCAUCACAAUGUUCCGUGGCACAAGGGGGAAACUUGCGACGAAUACGACAAGCGAACACGUAAGCAAAGGGAGAAUGAUGAAGCGUCCGAAAAGCACAUCAAGGAGAUGAGCAAGCCAUGUCCCGGAUGCAAGAGGAAUAUCAACAAAUACAUAGGGUGUGAUCAUGUCACCUGUAUUUGUGGCCAUGAAUGGUGUUGGCUAUGCUUCGAGCCGUAUUACAAGGACGAACAAGAUUUCCUCCAGUGUCACCACACGCAGCAGUGUCGGUACUACGAUAACCCACCUAAUUACGAGGGAGGCAGGGCCUUCAUGCCUUUUAUGAACGCGCCGCCAAGACCACAUGUUCCUAUCGCUAGGCGACGAGAGCCGCGUCAAAAUAUCCUGUUUCCCAUCAGACCCAGAAACCAACCUCCAGAACCUCGCCCUAAUCCCGGCCCCGUGCCUCCUGCAGGUGACGAAAUGAAUCGGCUCAGGUGGCGCCGCGGGGAUAUAGAUAUAAACCCGUUCAAUCCGGCCCGCAAUAUAAAUCGUGCGCGUCGCCAACACUUCUUUGUACCACGCCCUGACUUAAUGGACGAAGAAACGAUAUUAGAUCUAGAGCCGUUUAUACAGGCUACGGCCAGAAAUUGAUAUGUGAACUUCAAGAUAGUCCUGGGAGGAUAGUAUAUGAAACUUGGUCGCUAUAGAUAAGGAAUUUAGAUAGGAGUAUCGUUCGAGGGAGUCGGCUUGCGAAGGCUAAGGGUGUCAUCUCUCUAGGUACUAGAUGGAUUAAUUCGGACUGACCAGGCUAAGCUCACCUGGUCAAGUAUAUUUACCUAAGCAAUGGAAUCUGCACUCGCUUUUGAAGUAGUAUAUGUUCGUUAAGAGACACAACACUGUGGGCGUAACUAAAAUAACGAUUUAAAUCACCAUGAAACAUUUCUUGACUAAAUACCGAGGUACCUACCUAUUUAAAAGAUAGGUACUUUUUGUUUGUUAAUAUUUAUUGGUGCAAUUAAGGGCAAAAUACCAUUUGUGCGAUAUAUAAUAAACUUAGACCUUGCGGAUAUUUCUCCAGUGUCUUUGUAUUCAUGCAUAUAAAUAAUCAUAUAUACCUCUUAGAUAUAUAAUCAUCUUCACUAGUAAAGCUUAGAUGUAUUAUGUUUUGC